CCAAAUGAAUCUAUGAAAGAGUGGGAUCCUCUUUACAUGUGAAAGAGGGGUGCGAUGUCCGAACUCCCAAUAAAUGUUCGGAGGCGACGCUGCCUCCCAUUUUACGAACUCUCUCUCUACGCCCUCGCCGGAAAAUAUACAGGGUUUAUAACACCGUACCGGAACCCUAGUAAAAACAUGACAUAACAAUGAGCCAGAGAAUUCUAAAAAAUUACAGUCUCUGCCAUGCCCGAGUUCCCCAAAUCCCUCUCUCCGAAGCGAGUUCUGAAGCUCCUCAAGGCGGAAAAGAACCCUCACUCUGCACUCGCACUGUUCGACUCAGCGACUCGCCACCCGGGUUACGGCCACUCGGCCAGCGUGUUCCACUACAUCCUUCGCCGACUCGUGGACCAGAGGCUUGUCGCCCAAGUGGGUCGGGUCGUCGAACUUAUCCAAAGCCAGAAAUGCCAAUGCUCCGAAGACGUGGCGUUGACGGUGAUCAAGGCCUACGCGAAGAACUCUAUGCCCGAUAAAGCUUUGGAUGUUUUUCAACGAAUGGACGAGAUUUUUGGUUGCAAACCGGGUAUAAGGUCCUUCAACAGUCUGCUCAAUGCUUUCACUGAGUCGAACCAGUGGGACCGAGCGGAGUCGUUUUUGGCGUACUUUGAGACGGCGGGUAUGUCGCCGAAUGUACAAACGUAUAAUAUAUUGAUCAAGAUUUCGUGUAAGAAGAAGCAGUUUGAGAAGGCGAAGGGGCUGUUGGAUUGGAUGUGGAACAAGGGUUUGACGCCUGAUGUCUUUAGCUACGGUACUUUGAUCAAUGCGCUAGCAAAGGGUGGGAAUUUAUGCGAUGCAUUGGAGGUGUUCGAUGAAAUGCCCGCGAGAGGGGUGGAACCUGAUGUGACGUGUUAUAAUGUUUUGAUUGAUGGGUUUUUCAAGAAAGGGGAUUAUGUGAAGGCUAUGGAGAUUUGGGAGAGCUUACUGGGGGCGUCUUUGGUGUACCCGAAUGUUGUUACAUAUAAUGUUAUGAUUAAUGGAUUGUGUAAAUGCAGGAGGUUCGAUGAGAGCUUGGAAAUAUGGAAUAGGAUGAAGAAAAACGAACGACAGCGGGAUUUGUUUACUUAUAGUACUUUGAUACAUGGCUUGUGUGAAUCAGGUAAUAUUGAUGGGGCCGAGAGAGUUUACAAAGAGAUGGUUGAGAGUCGGAUGUCUGCUGAUGUAGUUACAUAUAAUACAAUGCUUAACGGAUUUUGUCGAGCAGGGAAGGUUAAAGAGGGAUUUGAGUUGUGGGAGAUUAUGGGAAAGGAUGAUUGUCGAAGUGUUGUUAGUUAUAACAUUUUUAUUAGAGGGUUGUUUGAUAAUGGGAAGAUUGAUGAAGCAAUGUCUAUUUGGGAACUCUUGCAGGAGAAGGGUUGCAGUGCAGAUUCCACCACGUAUGGAGUGUUAAUUCAUGGGUUGUGUAAGAAUGGAUGCUUGACUAAGGCUUUAUGGCUUCUGAAAGAGGCCGAGAAUGGGGGAGCUCAUCUCGAUAUUUUUGCAUAUUCCUCGAUUAUUAAUGGGUUAUGCAAAGAAGGGAGAUUAGAUGAAGCGGCUGUAGUGUUGGGUCAGAUGGAUAAACGCGGCUGUAAACUGAAUCCUCAUGUUUGCAAUGCACUACUUAACGGGUUUAUCAGAGCUUCCAAACUUGAGAAUGCAAUUCACUUUUUCAGGGAAAUGAGCACCAAGGGUUGCUCUCCAAAUAUUGUCUCCUAUAACAUUCUUAUAAAUGGUUUAUGCAAAUCUGAAAGAUUUAAUGAGGCAUAUUCUUUUGUGAAGGAAAUGCUGGAAAAGGGGUGGAAGCCAGACAUGAUCACGUAUAGCUUGUUGAUGAACGGGCUUUUUCAAGGCAAGAAAAUUGACAUGGCCCUCAACUUGUGGCACCAGUUUCUCAACGAAGGUUUUAAACCUGACGUAACUAUGCACAAUAUUAUAAUUCAUGGGCUUUGCUCUGCUGGCAAAGUUGAAGUUGCUUUGCAGUUCUAUUCAGAGAUGAAGCAGUGGAACUGUAUUCCAAAUCUUGUGACCCACAAUACCCUAAUGGAGGGGUUCUACAAAGCCCGGGACUGUGAAAAGGCAUCAGAGAUCUGGGCUCGCAUCUUAGAAAAUGGGUUACAGCCAGAUAUCAUCUCCUAUAAUAUUACUCUUAAGGGACUUUGCUCUUGCCUGAGGAUAUCAGACGCUAUUGGGUACUUAAACCAUGCUUUGGAUCAUGGGAUUCUUCCAACUGCCAUUACAUGGAACAUACUUGUAAGAGCAGUGCUUAAUAAUGGGGCUUCGACAUGAUUCUUUUGGGUUUUGUAGUAGCUUUGAAGUCACUUUUAGGUCCUACCGUUUCAUCACAUACGCCUGCUGCUUUUGGAGUUCAUCGAUAUGGCAAGAAAAGCCAAUUAAUGUGCCAUAGUAUUCUUUUCAGCUUCUGACAGGGAAUCGAUGUUUCAACACCAUAUUGUGUCAACAAAGCAGAUGGAACCAGUCUUUUGGCUGGUCAUUACAGAUGCUUAAUCUCUACUGAUAAUCCUGGGUUCAGGUGGUGGUUCCAGCAUCCAUUUUAAAGACAACGUAUAUGUCUCGGUGCUCUCCUGAAUGAUAGAUAUGCAUAAGUUUGGAUUUGAUAUCUUCAUCUAUCCUGAACAGGACUCUAUUUACCAAUUUGCAAAGCGUUGAACUGAGAGAGCAAAGCCACUAGAAUUGCUCCGAGAACUGCAACCUUUCGCCAAUCGGAUGAAGAAGACAGGAAAGAAUCAGCGAUG